GAGAGGCCCGAUGGCCUAAUUGUAAUUCAGCCCAAAAGAAUACCCUUUACGGUCAAUGUUCGCAACCCUCAGGUCAGCUCUUUCUCCUCCUCAUAAACCCUUCUACGCUCCUUCAUUUCGUCCUCCAACCCUUUCGCCGCUUUUCUGGAGCCGCAGCAUACGCGGAUCCAUUCAUUCGCUUCUCUCUCUCGAAAGGGGUCAUGACGAUCGAUCAUUCACAUCACCCAAGUGUUUCCCAGAAGCUCGGUCUUCUUGGAUCCAGCAUGACACAGCUUCGUGCUCGUGAGACUGGAGUCCAGCAGCCACUUUACCAGAGGCAAUUUCAAUAUGGAAAUUACUCAAAUGCUGCAUUUCAGCACCCAACUCAGUCAUCAGCUGAACUUUCCAUGAUUGUGCCAAAAGUAUCACCGAUCUGUGUUCAAGCCCCAGCUGAGAAAGGUCUUCAAGGGUUUGCUAUUGAUUUUCUCAUGGGUGGUGUCUCUGCUGCUGUGUCAAAAACAGCUGCUGCACCCAUUGAACGUGUGAAGCUUUUGAUCCAGAAUCAGGAUGAGAUGCUUAAGUCUGGUAGGUUGGAGAAACCAUACAAAGGUAUCGGUGAAUGCUUUAGCAGAACCAUUAAGGAAGAAGGUUUCGGAUCUUUGUGGAGAGGAAACACUGCUAAUGUCAUUCGUUAUUUCCCAACCCAGGCUUUGAACUUUGCUUUUAAGGAUUACUUCAAGAGGCUGUUCAACUUCAAGAAGGACCGUGAUGGCUACUGGAAAUGGUUCGCCGGAAACUUGGGAUCCGGUGGUGCCGCUGGUGCCUCCUCCCUACUUUUUGUCUACUCUCUUGAUUAUGCAAGAACCCGUUUGGCUAAUGACGCCAAGGCUGCAAAGAAGGGAGGUGAAAGGCAAUUCAAUGGUCUUGUUGAUGUGUACAAGAAGACUCUUGCUUCUGAUGGAGUUGCUGGACUUUACCGUGGAUUCAACAUUUCAUGUGUUGGAAUCAUUGUUUACCGUGGUCUUUACUUCGGAUUGUACGAUUCCUUGAAGCCAGUUGUCCUCACUGGCAAGAUGCAGGAUAGUUUCUUUGCUAGUUUUGCUCUUGGUUGGGUGAUCACAAAUGGUGCUGGUCUUGCAUCUUACCCUAUCGACACAGUGAGAAGACGUAUGAUGAUGACAUCUGGUGAAGCCGUUAAGUACAAGAGCUCAUACGACGCCUUCUCCCAGAUCCUGAAAAACGAAGGUGCCAAGUCACUGUUCAAGGGAGCUGGAGCCAAUAUCCUUCGUGCUAUUGCUGGUGCUGGUGUCCUUUCUGGAUACGAUAAAUUGCAGCUUAUCGUUUUCGGCAAGAAGUACGGAUCAGGCGGCGGCUAAUACUUUUCCUUUCAUAAUUAUCUGCAGAUGGUGACGACCAACAAACCAAAACAAAGCUUUUGAAUUUUGAGGGUUUUUCUUCUUUCUCUCCUCUUGCUCGGUUUGAAUAAUAAGGAUUCAGUUUUGGGAGUGUUCCCUUUUGAAAUAUGGAUUUUUCUUUAUCUUUUUGUUAAGUGUUAUUGUGAACCUCUAUCAUUAGAGAGCAGUACUGAUUUUUAAUAGGUAAAACGAUAUUAAUUUGGAUGA